CACCUGACGCGCGGUCACACCGGGGCGCGGCGCCGCCUUGCGUGCGCGCGUGCGCGCUGCCUCCUUCUCGCGCCAGUGGAGGGCACAGUUACCUCGCGCUUCGAAUGGCGUCAGCGGUCUCCAGGCAACAGGCCAGUAGUCAGUCAGUCAGUCAGUCAGAUUUCUCAAUCAGAGUGGAGAGAGGCGGCAGCGUUGUCGGUCAUGGCUCUCUCAAGGAUCCGGUGCACAUUUUUCUGGUUCACCGUGAACGGUAUGUGAACACACCUCUGUGUUGUGUUGAAGAACAGAACCGGACCCUGAGGUACCGACAGAACCGGACGCAUUCACGCGGAUCCCGACGCGACGCGUCUCACUGAGGGAAUUUUACGCGACGCCGCUUUCAUUGUACUAUUAUGUAUUUUUUUUAAGCUUUCCAUGUCAUCGCUGAAAUAUUUUAAACAUGAUUUAGACUUCAUUCAUGAAUUAUUCGGUUUUAAUGGACAAUUACUUUCCCGCCACCAAACUGUGGAGAAAAUCUGAUUGACUUUGAACUUCAUCACACGACGACUUUCCCUCAGACAAAAAAUGCUGAAAUUUCAUAAUUCUGAUCUAUGGAUUGCUUGGCUGGUGUUCUUUUGUGUGAAUGUGUGUGUGCAUGCGCUGGAAGUGACGGUGAGCCAGAGCAGCGUCCAGGUGGCCAGAGGUCAGGCGGCCAUCUUGCCCUGUACGUUCUCCACCAGCGCCGCCCUCAAUAAUCUCUACAUCAUAUGGAUGGUCACGCCGCUGGCCAAUGCCAACCAGCCAGAGCAGGUGAUCAUCUAUCAGGGAGGGCAGGUCUUCAGUUUAGCCAAUCACAUGAACGGGCGUGUGGGUUUCGUGGCCACUAUGCCCAGCACAAGUGCCUCAAUCUUCAUCAAUAACACACAGCUGUCUGACACGGGGACGUACCAGUGCCUGGUCAAUAACCUCCCUGACCGCGGGGGGCGCAAUAUAGGAGUCAUCGGCCUCACUGUGCUGGUUCCUCCGUCCAUCCCGUCCUGUCGUAUUCAGGGUUCUCUGGACGUGGGCAGUGAUGUGAUGCUGUUGUGCGGUUCGGACGAGGGCAUCCCCACGCCCACCUAUGCCUGGGAAAAGCUGGAGUCGGUGCCCAAACUGCCCCACAAUGCCAUGCAAGAUCAGAUGCAGGGUACGGUCACGCUGAGAAACAUCAGCACCAGCACAUCUGGACUGUAUCAGUGUUCGGCGUCGAACGCCAUCGGAAAGAGCACCUGCGUCCUCAACCUGCAGGUCGUGGCACCGCAGCCUCAGAACGUGGGCCUGAUCGCAGGAACCAUCGUCACUGGUAUUCUAGCGCUGGUCAUCUGCUCUUUACUGGUGCUGGUCACGCUCUUCUACUGGAGAAACAAGAACAAGUACGAGGAGGAGGAAAUUCCCAACGAGAUCAGGGAGGACGAUCUCCCUCCAAAGAGAUCUUCAUCAGUCAAAGCGUUCCAGGCCGACGCCUCAUCCUCAGAGAAUGACACGCUGACAUCCACCAACACCUACAACAGCCGCUACUGGCACAAUCCCAAACCCAACUACGACACCAACUCCUACACGCGCUACAACGGCGACACGCGGCAGACCUUCACCGGCGGCUCUAACGCCACGGGAAACGCACCGUCGCGGCCCGCCUACACCAACGGCAGCCAUACCCUGCCGCCGCCCAAGACUCUGGUGGUCACCACCAACUCCGCCCCCUCACCGCCCGUCAUGACCCGCAGCAACGGCUCGCUGAGCCUGCGCCCGACCGUCACGACGACACCGGCGGUGACACACGGACAACAACACACGCACUCGUACGCCGUCAGCCAAGCCACGCUAGAGCGCAUGGGCGCCGUCCCGGUCAUGGUGCCAGCGCAGAGCAGAGCCGGGUCACUCGUCUGACGGAAACAUGCGCAUGGACGAAAUAAAAACUGUUUUAUAACCGAGUUCAGCUGAUGCCAACUAAAACUGCUCCGUUAACAUCCCCCACGCCCUUGUUUUUGAUAUUGCCUGGUUGCUUGUUAGUUUGUUUGUUCAUUUUUUAAGUCGUGAUGAUAAACUGGCUUCGCUGCAGGCAGAAAAAGGGCCCUUGAGCAACAAAUACACUCAAAAUCACGUGAUCUACUGUAUUUCUCAAACCCAAGAGAAAAUAUCUGAAUGUGCAUGAUGCUUAGUAUGAUUAGAUCAAUACGGCUGUUUUGUACUACAAUUUUAUUGCUUUUUAACACUGGAAUCACAAAGGAAUAUAUGGAAGCUUGUUUCCGCCAUGGAAUAAAAAAAUUAUAAUCCCGA